AGGGAGGGAGCCAAGCUCCUGUUGUUUUCCGCCAGCGAGAGUGGGGGGCGGGUGCGGGGGGCGGGGUGCGCCCUCCCACCCUGGGCCGGGCGCUGGGGAGAGAGAAUCGCGCUCAGAGCCUAGCGCAGUUCCCACCCCUGACAUCGGGCUUACUCCAAGCAUCCUUCCUGGGGGCUGCGGAAAGUGGAGCUUACUCUGUCGUUCCGAGGACCUGGGAGGAGCACUUAGUACCCCAGGGGCCGGGGCCCCGGGGGGCACACACCCAGCCUAGUCGGAGCCUGUGUUUCCCGAGGGGCCCCUGCCCGCAUCUGCGGCGAGAUGGCCGCAGGCGUCCGGGCGCCGGAGCCCCGGGUCCUCGUAUGCCUCGGGGCGCUGCUGGCCCGCUGGGUCGCCGCAGUACUUACUCCUGGCCCACUGCAAUCACGGGCAUGACCUGCUGGCCCCUCCAGGCAUAUGUCUUAGUGGCCACUGUGCUGCGGGGAGGAGAAGUGGACACACAGUCUCCAGUUGGCCGACCCUGAAAGUCAAAGGAUUGGAGGCUGUCGUCAUCGGAGAAGUUCACGAGAACACCACACUGCACUGUGGCAACAUCUCGGGACCGAGGGGCCUCGUGACCUGGUACCGCAAUGACUCGGAGCCUGUCUUCCUCCUGUCCUCUAAUUCCAGCCUCCCAUCAGCCCAGCUGCGCUUCUUUCUGAUGAAUGGCAGCUCCCUGCACAUCGAGGAGCUGAGCCUGCAGGAUGAAGGGAAUUACACCUGCUGGGAGGUCCUGGACAAGACUCGGUGGUUCCAAGUGUGGCUGCAGGUGGCCAGCGGCCCCCAUCAGGUUGAGGUCAACAUCUCCAGCACCGGCAGGCUCCCCAACGGCACCCUCUAUGCAGCCAAGGGCUCCCACGUGGACUUCUGCUGCAGCAGCAGCUCCCGGCCUCCGCCCGUGGUUGAGUGGUGGUUCCGGGCCCUGAAUUCUAGCACUGAGCCCUUUGGAAACAACCUGACGGCCAGCUGCUUCACGCUGUUUCUGAUGUCGAAGAACCUGCAAGGGAACUACACCUGUUUGGCAACAAACAUGCUCAGCGGGAGACAUCGAAAGGUGACCACCGAGCUUCUGGUCUACUCCCCCCCUCCGGCAGCCCCUCAGUGCUGGGUAGAGAUGUCUCCAGGAUUGUCCACGCUGCAGCUCAGCUGUCGCUGGGCUGGGGGAUACCCAGAGCCAGGCUUCCUGUGGACAGAAGAGCCAGGAGGUGUGGCCGUGGGGAUGUCAAAGCUGGGGCUGGAGACGCUGAACCAGUCCCAGCUGUCGGAUGGCAAGAAGUUCAAGUGUGUCGGGAGCCACAUAGUGGGACCGGAGCCGGAACCCAGCUGUGUGGUACAGAUCAGGAGCCCCUCCCUUCUCUCUGAGCCCAUGAGGACCUGCUUCGUGGGGGGCAAUGUGACGCUCACCUGCCAAGUGUCUGGAGCCUACCCCCCUGCCAGGAUCCUGUGGCUGAGGAACCUCACCCAGCCUGAAGCGGUCAUCCAGCCCAGCGGCCACCACCUCAUCACCCAGAGUGGCCAGAGCUCCACCCUCACCAUCCGCAACUGUUCCCAGGACCUGGAUGAGGGCUAUUAUGUCUGCCGGGCUGAGAACCCUGUGGGGGUGAGGGAGGUGGACAUCUGGCUGAGCGUGAAAGAACCUUUAAACAUUGGGGGAAUCGUGGGCACCAUCGUGAGCCUCCUUCUGCUGGGACUGGCCGUUAUCUCCGGGCUUCUAUUGUACUACAGCCCUGUGUUCUGCUGGAAAGUAGGAAGCACUUUCAGGAGGCAAGACAUGGGUGAUGUCAUGGUUUUGGUGGAUUCAGAAGAGGAAGAGUUGGAGGAGGAGGAAUAUGCUGCAGAAGAGGAAGAGGAGGAAGCAAGUGAGAGGGAGGAGUUGCCAAAAGAAAUAACCAAGUACGGCCACAUUCACAGAGUGACCGCACUGGUGAAUGGGAACCUUGACCAGAUGGGCAGUGGACUCCAGGCUCUGCAGGAUGACAGCAGUGAGCAGCAGAGUGAUGCCAUUCAAGAAGAAGACAGGCCAGUUUGAAGAAGACAGCCGUCCUUUGUUAUCCUGUCUCAAAAGCUUGGAAAGCUAUGUUGAAGAUGAGUUUUAUAUUCUGCUUUACUUGACUUGCACCCCUGCCUGAGGGCUGAAAAACGGUUUGAGGCUCUCAGCGAAAAAAGGAAGACACACACACAUCUUUCCUUCCCCUAUUUUUUAUUUUUUUCUGAAUUGGUUUGAUUUGCUGUGUUUUCUCAACGAUGUUGAAACGCUUUGGGAACGGGCAGUGUGUGGGGGGAAGGCUGCAUUUGGCAUCCGAGAUGCCCAUCGCUGUGCCCCUGGCUUUCUCCAGGUUGACUGAUGCUGAGAUGAGGGACCAGGAGUGGGGGCAAGCAGUUGGCCUCAGUGCCCUUUGUCACUAUUAAAGGUCUGUAACCAGCCUGCCCCAGCACACAAGGGAAUAGUGUGGGGUGAUAAGGACACUUCCUUUUUUCACUGCCCAGGUGAGCUGAGGAACCAGGCAAACAUCAGCUCUCUGGAAAAGGUGAGGAGGUGUCAGCUACUGAUGCUAAUCAGAGGGAGGCAGUUUGGGUCUGGUUUUGAGUUGGAAACACCUGGGCUUGAAUCUGGAUCCUGGCUCCCUACCUUUUUUCAUGGGCUUGGGCAGGUAGCUUUACCUCUCCCCCUCGCCUCAAUUUCCUCAUCUGUGAAAUGGGUGAAAUCACACCUAUCUUACAGGGUUAUGGUGGGGACUCAGGAUGUGAAAGUGCCUAGGAGGUGUUCUGUAGAUGUUAGUUAUCUUCUCCUUUGCCUUCCUUAGUGGAAGAAAAAAACGGUUAACUGUUUGGUUACAAACUGCUGCCUGGGUCUUUCAUUCUCUGUGGAAUAUUCCAGACCAGGGCAUCAUCAGAGCUCUCCUGGGGAGUUUUGCUUCCCUGGAGAUAGAAUUCUUUCCAAAAGAGGUAGGGGCCGAUAAAGGGAAGUACCUUUCAUUAGAACCUCAUGUUUCCCAGAGCUUCAUAUUUAUAGAAAAGCCUCUUAGGUGAUGCACUAUUAGCUUUCAGAUUUUCCCAUCCUUCCUUUCUCCCGUGGCUUUGAAAAAGGCAGGAGAAAUAUUUUGUAACACAGUAGACCAGUUCAUCUGGCCUGUUUCUUGAUCUCAGAAAUGGGAACCGGAAAACUUAUUUCCUUCCUACUUCUUAAGGAUGUUAUGAGAUAUGCUGCUCAAUAAUGCGAAGUUUUGAAUGAAAAUAACAUGUGAUGAGUUUAAGCUGCUGCUGUUCCCUGUACAGUUUAGAGAUUUUUUUUUUUAAAUUUCUGAUUUCAUCCUAAUCUCUCAAAUGUCAGGGACCUUCUAAGGGUGUAAAAUAUGUGUGCUAAACUUGAAAAUCUGACUUGAAUUUGCACUCUUUAAUGUUGCAUAUCCUGCUCUGAUGGGCAAGACUUAAAGGAGAACUUCCCUCUCCAACAACAGGGCCUGGGACUCAUAAGAUGAGAAGCGGGUUAUCUGCAGUGUUACCCUGCAGGUGUGGUUGGGGCAGGUCCAUUUUCUUGGAUGAAGGAACUAAACUGAGAAAGUCACUAAAAGUGAGCCCUGUCCCCAGCUCAGAAUACUGGGAAGGUCAGGCUGGCUGCAGUGUCCACCCCUCAGGGAUAGCUGUGACACGCAGUUCUCUUGUUGGGCUAGGUCUUUUUGCUGUGCGGAACCUCACAUACUUAACCACUCUAACUAGUCUGUGUCACUUAAGAAUGGAUACUUAAGACGGGUUGUAUUUAAAUUCACUGAACACUGAGCUAGUCUCUCUUUUAGAGUCUUUGAUGAAUCCAUUACUGGAUCCAACAGUCCACUCUGCAGAGGCAGCCAUAUUUAAAAUGGGAAAAAGCAAAGAAACUGUUAGGAAGAAGAAAAAACCCCUAGCUGGGGAAUGCAGAGAAUGAUUUGCAAGAUCACUGAGAUGCUUCUGGCAACUUCCUCUUCUCCUGCACGCACACCUGUUGAUAGGAAAUCUUUGAGGCAGGAUUUUUCCAGUAGCAAAUGGGAGCUUCAAGGUCUUGGUGCCAAACCUUAUAAACCCUCGUCCGGCUGAGCUGUGAUCGCUGUCACUUAUAUCUGAGCCCUGUGUGCACAGGUAAUAUUGCUGGGUCGGUUAAGAGCUGAGGUACUGGGGGGAUCGUCAAGCUUUAAGGAUUUUUAAAGAAUUAGGGCUUUUUUCUUUAAGAUGACCCAUCCCCAACUCCUCCACUGUGUUGACAGUGGGUUACAGACUUUCUGUGGCAAAGUCCAACUUGUUACAUUGUGCUUAAAAAAAAAAUCUUAUCUGAAUGUAUUGUGAAUUGGAGACCAGGAGAUACACUUAUCAUCAGAACCAGGAAGACAAAUACUUCUAGGCCAUCACAACUAACAUUCCUUUUCCUCAAAACCUGGUGGACAUUGGAGAAGGGGUCCCAUAAUCCCGCAGCUUUGAUAUCAGCUCCCAUUCUCACAAGCACAUACCAACCGCAGCAGAAAAACCCAUGAUGGAAAAUUUCCCUAAUCCAUGCACUGAAACCUGGAAAAUCAUCCUUGCUGGGUAAAACUUAUUAUGAUGCAAUACGUGCCAACUGGUACUUCUCACCAUGGUCUUAGCCAGGAACUGCUGCGAAAAGAAACAGAUCCCUCUGCAUUAUUUACAUUUUAAUAUUUGGUAUGGAGGCGGGGUUGGGAGCAAUUCAUUCUGAGGUUAUAAUAUAGAUAUA